CCAAUCAGUAAACACAGAUGUAGAAGGAUUUUGCUGGGGUCACACAUUCACAUUGUUCACGUUUCCUGUUUCCUCCAUGAUGUACUGCAAACAUCCUUUCCAGGUCCAAAUCUGCCCCCCAGCACCGUGUAGAGGCUGGUGACAUUCCCGGCAGUGACAGCGAGGGGAGUGGCAUUAAUUGUUUCUCCCAGCUCAAAGGCUCUGUGGGAGUUGCAAGAUUUGAGAGACAGGAAGGGUUGCCAGCCCACCCAGCCCCAGCUUCUUCACGGCCGGAUCAGGGGAUUUCAGAGACCCAUCUUUUCCCCUGAUUGGAAUAGAGCACUUCUUCCAGAAAGGGGAACUUAAUCUUGAUGGAGGAACUACAAGAAGUGAACAGCCCCCUGCAGAAGCCCAGAAAGGCAACUCCUCAGCCAGGAGAAGAUACCUUGAACGGCCAUCUUCCCCCAGGCUGGCAGAGCUAUAUGUCUCCCCAGGGCCGCAGGUACUAUGUGAACACCUUCACGAACGAGACAACCUGGGAGCGGCCAAGCAGUGUGCCUGGGACCCCGAAGAGCCCUGUGACACAGCAGAGCCCAGCAGUGAAUGGCUAUCACAUUUCUGGGACCCCGGUACACCAACUAGAUUCCACUCACAUGAAUCUCCGAAAAGCCAGUGGGGACCCCCAGGUAAGUUUUGGGGAAAAAAGUCCAAGCAGUGAUAUCCAGACAAGUGGAUGUCUGCUUAAGCAGACUGGGAGUCUGCUAGAGUAGGAUGUCAAGAGGCAUUUUAUUUAAGAAACUGUCAAAUCAGUCAGAUUCAUUGCAUCUAGAAAAGUCACUCUUUGUAUUCUACUGAUAAAACAGUACAAAAUACCAAAAUACUUUGAAUUUUUGUGUCCUAUCGCUACUUUCUGAAAAUUCCCUGAGGCCACUUCAGUCACCAUUAACAAAUGUCCUGCCAUUUCAGCCUGAACUCCAUGCUUGUCUCCAGCACAGUCCUCUCUAGACAAGAACAUCCGCCCAUGCCUCUAUCUUAUCAUGUUUUCUUGCAGCCUUCCCUCCCGAAGACAUUAUUCACAAAGAAUUUGAGGGAAACUAUUUUCUGAAUUACUUCAUCCAUGUCAGUGUGUCCUUUCACAGGCCCUCCUCUGUGCCUUUCACAGCCCGUGCCGCACCCAUCAUCACCUUGGGCUAGUGUUCAAGAUGCUGACUUGUUGACUGUCUCCCUCAUCUGUUUGACUAAAUUUUCACUCGAUAUUUCUGUACUGCUGAUUUUACCACUUCUUGUCUCCAGGAGAGUCUUCCCUGCAGAUCUGCAAAUGCAGCACAGGGCCCUCUUCUAGCUCCUCCUGUGAGAUGCUUCAUUCCCUGCCAAAACAGCAACAGCUGAGCAGUGUUGCUGGGUUGCACUCCUGGUGAGUUGUGCUUCCCAAUCUGCUGGCUGGGAAAAAGGGCACAGGACCUCAGUUCUGUUUCAUUUCUUUACUAGCUGCUAGGUUCUUCUGCAAAGCAGCUAUUAGAACACUCCCUACAAAAUGUGUGUUUUGUGUAUAGUUUCCAUGCUGAACUGCACUGCCCCAGUGUUCCUCUGAAGCCCUAUUUCUUGGUCUAAAUUUUAUGUUGUCUGCCAACUGCCCACUUUGCUUUUACCAUCUCUCUUACCCCUUCUAGGCACUGGCCCUCAGUGCUGUGCACUGCACCAGCAGUGCUCUUUCAGCUGAGCCUGUAUUUCUGGGUCCCUUUCCCCAUGGAUUCAUGGCAUUUCCCAUGACACAGUCUGUCAUUUCAGGCUCCAUGUCCAUGACCAACAUCUCUCACUUAACUGACCUGCACUGUUUCCUCUCUGAGCAUCUUACACAGGCUGGAGGUGGAACACCAAUAGAAAUUCAAAACUAUUUUAAUAACCUCCACAGCUGUUGGUGGACACCUCUGUUCACCCACCUGCUGCAUCUCCUUCAGACAACCCAGAUCAACUUGCAGGCUCUGACUUCCUUUAAAAUAAGCAGUUUAAAUUCUUGUGCAACAAAUGCCAUUUUCUGAAGGUAUCUGUUUCAUCUACCAGCAAGUCAGAAUAACUGACUUCCCCAGAGCUUUAUUUCUAAUAUUCGCUGUUUUUGUGGUGCUGUGUCUGACUCAGGUAAAUCUUUUAGACUCAAGUCACCUUUGUGCUCAAAUUCACUUUAAAGAUACACAGUUUCCAUGCACUUCUCAGCUCUGCUGAGCUGACUCAGCCACAGGGCCUACAGGAGUCCUGUUCAUGAUUUCCUUCAUUCACUUCAAUGGCCUCCGUCACACUUUCUUUCCAUUACUCUUUAAUUACCAGUUUUCCCAAACUCAGGUCUUCAUUCAUGCCUCGAACCUGCACUGGAUCUGUAACAAGGUACUGCUGCCAUUAUCCCUGAGAGCAGCUUGUGUCCGCGCCCAUGUGGGAGACAGCUUUUCCUGGGAGCAGUGGAUGCUUUUGCAGAAGAGUCUUUAGUGAGGAAAAUGUCUGCUGUGUGCAGGUUGCAGGAAGGGGAUUUUUCUACAGCCAUUCUCCAGACCCCAGACUCUGGCUCAGUUGGGCCAACUCCAGUCCCCAUUCCUGGGCCAUAUCUGUCACAGUGCCAUGACUGUCUGUGCAGCUGCUCCCAGCAGCACGGCGUUCUCCUGCAAGAGCCAUUUCCAGGCAUGCUGCAGGACCUGGGCAGCAGCCACCACGCAGGCAAAUGCUCGGGAAAGCCCUGCCACAGCUCUCGGAAACAGGUCAAGGGGGAAAGAGCUACAGCCGAGCACAAAGCGGUGCCGUGCCGGGCGCGGAGCCAGGCCUUGUUUACCACUUCCUAGACGGCAGCGCCGCGCUGCCCGCUCCGAUGAACGGUCGCAAACGGAGCGGCAGAACAGCGGCAGCCUUUGGACACCGAUCUCGGGCUGCAGCUCAGAGUAAACGCGCUGCUCAGGGGCUGCAGCAGAGUCCCGGGUGACUCAAAGCGUUCCCUCCACACUGCCCCGCGUCAUCCGCAGCCGCCGGGCACAGCACGGGGCCGCG